UAUAAUCACGUGCUGAAUGGUUCACGAUCUGCGGGUGCUGUCCCUAACCGCUAUAUUUUGGCACUGGCAGUUGGGAAUUUUAGAAAUUCAAAGUUUCUCUUGGGAAGUGCGAAAAAUUUUGUAAAGACCUGUCUCAACUUGAAGAAAAGCAAUAAUAGUCAUACCGGUACAGAAAUUCCAUGCCAGAAAAUUUUUAAUAUUUGACUCAGAUAUUGUAGGAGGCCAGCAGCUUGAUCGUUUUGAAAACCCAUAAGACAUGUCUCGCAGGAGAAUUCAAAUAUUGGACGGCUCUUACGGCUUCCAGUUGAAUAAACAUCUGGAAAAACCUCUAGAUCAUGACCCCUUGUGGAGUUCAAAAGCUCUCAUCACGAAUCCCGAUGCAGUCAUCAAAACCCAUAUGGAUUACAUUCAGGCUGGAGUGGACAUAAUUGAAACCAACACUUAUCAGGCUAGUGUGAUGGGUUUCAUGAAGCAUUUGGGGAUCUCCAGAGAAGAAAGUAUCAGUUUGAUUGAAAAAGCUGUAGAAUAUGCGAAAAUAGCGAUUUCCAAUUGCGAAAAAAUCGGUAAGUCAAUUUUGUUACCGAAUUGCUGUUACAUGUCCUUUCGCUCUAUGGAUUGUGUCAGCUCAAGUUUAAAUUUCAUUUACCGACCAGCUAUGGACGGUUUUUCUACAGCUUCUGGUGACAACUUUGAAACAACAGCCGUGGAAAUUUACAAGUCAAAUCCCAGUCAAAUAAUAGCUGUAGGGGUGAAUUGUCUCGCUCCCCAUAUCGUGGAAAGUUUGAUCCGCAAUAUAAAUGCAGAUCGUGAUGAGCCGAUUCCCCUCAUCGUUUACGCAAACAGUGGAGAGAAUUACAAUCCAACAUCCGGUUGGGAUAACAACUGUGAAAAACUCGAAGAAUACAUUCCGACUUGGCUGAAUUUGGGUGUGACAAUCAUAGGCGGCUGUUGCAGGGUCUGCUCCGAUUAUAUUGAAAAAAUUAAAGAGGAAGUCGUGAGAUGGGAGGAACAGCAAGAUUCCUCGUAACUUACCCGGGCACUUUUUUCUGGUUUAGUUCUUAUAAAAAUAUCCGUUUGUUCCUUACUUGAUUUUAUUAUGUUGUUUUUAUAUAUGGAUAAUAUAUGGUUCAGUUGAUUUUUU